AUGUACAACCAACCCGCAGACCCUCACCAUGCCCUUCACAAUACUCCAGCAACUCUAGGCGAUGAAGAAGAUGACUCAGACGACCAGAAACCAGAUAAGCGUAGUGGUCGCCGAAAAAUCAAAAUUGAAUACAUCGAAGAUAAGUCCAGACGACACAUCACCUUCUCCAAGCGAAAGGCCGGUAUCAUGAAAAAGGCAAGUUCACAAGCGUGUUUGUGUUUGUGUUUAUUGUCUGAGACAGGGCUGGUCUAUACAUUCACUACUCCAAAACUCCAACCGAUUGUUAUGAAACCAGAAGGAAAGAACCUUAUCCAAUCAUGUCUCAACGCACCAGAAGCAGCCUCCGAUCUAUCUAUGCCUGACAUACCUGUUAAUGUAUCCGCUCCUCCCACGCCAGCACCAGUCAACAGUGUACAAGUCAGCUCUUCCAUGUCACUUGGUCCGUCACCUAUAGAGGCUUCGUAUGGCAACUAUCCACGAAAGACCUACACAGAAAUGCCUGGAUUAUCUGUUGGGCCAUCACUAGAGAAUGAACAGACUUCCUAUGUGGACUCCAUGUCCUAUUCAUUGCCUUUUGGUGGUAAUGCACAGCCACAUUCGACUGUGUAUCCGUACAAUGUACCACAACAAUCAGCACCUGUUAAUAAGGACUAUUGGCGAACCCGGUCCAAUGGAAGCCGUGUGACAGAAGCAGAUGGCAACCACCAAUAUGCUUCCAUCUCAAGUCGUCUAUUAACAAGUCUUUUGCUACCAAUAGUUACAUGUCUUGUAAAUAUUAAGGGUCUGGACAACCACGGCUUUGUUAAUGUCUAA